AUGGCGCCUGGCGAGCGCUCCGAAGAGGCCUAUCUAUGGUUUUCUACCGUGUGCGAGGCUAUUCAAGAGAUACCGCCCGGCAAGGUUACAUCAUACGCGCACAUCGCAAGGCUGGUCGGAAAGCCUCAAUGUCCCAGACAAGUAGGCGUCUGUCUUAAACACCUGCCAGCUGCAUCUACCGAUCCUGGCAAGAAGUCCCCUAAGUGGCACGAUGGGAACGUUCCUUGGCAGCGCGUGAUCAACGCCAAAGGAGGGAUCAGUCCGAGAGGGCCUGGCGGUGCUGCUCGCCAGGCCGCCGCCCUUCGGAAUGAGGGCGUCGAAGUGACGCAGAACGCCAUGGGCGAGUUCUCCGUCGACUUUGGGAGGUACGGCUGGUUUCCGUCGGUCUUGCCCAGCGAGGCUGAAGAAGUGGAGAGCAGCGAUGAAGAAGACGAGGACGCAGCAGACGCGGCGGCAUACCAUAGCUGA